AUGGAACAAAUUCAGAGACUCGAAGUAGUCGAAGACAAAGCAAUUGAUUUUUUGCACAAAAUGAGAGACAUGGUCAACCUUUUAUCAAAAGAACUCAAACAAGAAGACUGUAAAUUCGAAAUCAUGCAGACUCUAGAAUACGCAUCUACAAAUGUCCAAGAAAUCGGAAAAGAAUUGCAUGAAAUUAUAGACGCUCUAGAAUACAAUGAUAAAUAA